AGUUGACAAGAAAAGCCCAUCUGUUGGAUUAAUUAUGAUGUCCUUUAAAAUCAGGACUCAUGAGGAAUUACCUGGCAGGGUGCUCAGAUAAAUACCAUCAUCACAGGCUUUACGCCAGCUUCAACGCAGCGCUUUCUCCUGAAUGGGGAGAGCAUCAUGUGAAACUUGAGGCGUCUGGCAUCAGGAUUUGUGCGCGGACGCGGCACGCACUGUGGCUGCAGCAGGACGCAGCGAGAUGGACGUUUCAUUCCUGUGGUGUCUGUCUCUGUGUUUGCGUGUUGGAUCCGCACAGAGUGACGCGUGCAUGGGGGACAUCAUCCAGGACAUUAUUGGGUCUGUGUUGGUGAGAUAUGGAGACCGGGCGCGCUCUGGAUGCAUCCUGCGCUGUGAAGUUUGCGUGGAAGCGGAUCAACAGAAAACCUGUAUUUCUUUUCCCAGAGGAGAUGUGGCAGGACCUUUCAGUAUGACAUAAACUAAAAUCCCCCCAUCCUACACGUCUUCAGGGAUGGAUCUCAUGAACCUCACCACUGUCAUCGACAAUGGCUUCUUAGAUGAGAUGCCAUCGAGCCGCGUGCUGACCGGCUGCUUCCUCUCGCUGCUCAUCCUCACCACGCUGCUCGGAAACACGCUGGUUUGUGCAGCCGUCACCAAGUUCCGUCACCUCCGCUCCAAAGUCACCAACUUCUUUGUGAUCUCAUUGGCUGUGAGCGACCUCUUGGUUGCCAUCUUGGUGAUGCCCUGGAAGGCUGUAACGGAGAUCGUGGGCUUCUGGCCAUUCGGGUCCUUCUGUGACACCUGGGUGGCUUUUGACAUCAUGUGCUCAACAGCAUCCAUUUUGAACCUUUGUGUUAUAAGCUUAGACCGCUACUGGGCCAUCUCCAGCCCCUUUCGCUACGAGAGGAAGAUGACACCCAGAAUGGCCUAUGUUAUGAUCAGUGUGGCCUGGACAUUGUCUGUUCUGAUUUCUUUUAUCCCUGUGCAGCUCAACUGGCACAAAGCCCAGAGUAAACCUUACAAGCCCCUCACUGAGUCAUUAGUGCCGUUGGGAUCAAACACUACAUCUCUCCACACAUCUGAAAAUUGUGACUCCAGCCUGAAUAGGACCUACGCUAUCUCCACCUCUCUCAUAAGCUUCUAUAUCCCUGUUGUCAUAAUGGUUGCCACAUACACACAAAUUUAUCGCAUUGCUCACAGACAAAUCAGAAGGAUCUCCGCCCUGGAGCGUGCCGCAGAGAGUGCCAAGAACAGACACAACAGUUUGGGCCGAGGCUCCAGCAUCGCAGAGUCCGAAAGCUCUUUCAAAAUGACAUUCAAAAGGGAGACAAAGGUGCUGAAGACGCUGUCUGUGAUAAUGGGGGUGUUUGUGUGCUGCUGGCUGCCAUUUUUCAUUCUGAACUGCAUGGUGCCCUUCUGCGAGCAGUCGAGCGGAGGAGAGGCCUUCACUUGCAUAAGCCCCACCACCUUUGACGUGUUUGUGUGGUUCGGUUGGGCGAACUCUUCCCUCAACCCCAUCAUCUAUGCCUUCAAUGCCGAUUUCCGCAAGGCCUUUUCCAUCCUGCUGGGCUGCCACAGACUGCAUCCAGGAGGCCACAACGUAGAGACGGCCAGUCUAAACAAGAAGUGACUCAUGACUCUCCCAGCACUGACUCAUCCCUUUAUUCCAGGAGUCCAGGAGUUUAAUGUGCAUCCGGUCUGGCUGAGAAGAGGAUGUCGCUGUCUGUGGUUCUGAGUGGGACUGGAUGGUACUGUGACACUACGUGUGCACACGUUUGCAUUGCUUGAAUGUGACCCUGCUGUGUUUUCUGUCACUGUUACACAACCUUCAGAAUUGAGAAUAAUAUCUGAAAGCAGAGUGGAUUUGGGAUUGAGAUUAAGAUGUUGCUAGUUGGGCCAGUAGUCUGAGUAUGUACCGGUACUGACAUGGUUCCAGGAUGGAUAAUCCAUAGAACUGGGCAGCCUGCACUGCUGUCCUCCUUAUCGUCCCACUCUGCUGCACACAGUGUCAAGGCACUCUCAGCUGAAUACAGUGCAACUGCUGCACAACUCAUGCACUUUACAAAAUUACACGACAGCUCACAAAUCUACUGUCGCACAUGAGAUUGGAAAUUCUCUGCAAGGACCAAGGUAAUGCAUCUAACCAAAUCAUGCCGGGUGUAAGCGUGGGAACACAACACAUCCACAAGUGGCUUAAUAUUUAGGACAGAAUGCAAAACAGACUAGAUGAAAUGAUUUAUGUUUUAUUUGACAGCUCUGUAAAGGGAACGCUGCUUUCUGACUUUAUUUUAAAGGUAACAUGUUGGUGUGACCGUGUACUAAGCUAGUGGGAUUUUCCUUUAGCUCUGCCUUUUCUUGGAUUAGUAUAGAUAAAGUUCAUAUUAAAGUACUUUAGCUUGAAACUGCACCAUGAAAUUGUCAGAGGACUGCAA